AUGACGGUAGCGCUGCGCUGCUGCUACUCCACCACCCCGCCAACACACUCGCAGACUUGGAGCGAGGGCAAUGCGGUGAUCCUCUUGCCUAUUAUCUGUCGACAGCUGUACGACGAGACGCAUGGUCUUCUAUACGCUCUCAACACGUUUGCGUUCACCGAUGAGCACUCGAUGAGAGUCUGGCUCUCGUGCCGCGCACACAGUCAGCGCAAGCAGAUUCGCAGUCUAAAGCUUCCGGGUGGUGCGACCGGCUACUACAGAUCAGCUCACAACAUUAGCCUUGUCGCAGUAUUCCCGCAGCUUCAAACGAUCUACAUCGACUUUUGGCGUAUUGUACAGAUGGAGAAUGAUCUCGUAUCCGGGGGACUGAGCCAGGACGACCUUGUACAGCUACUAGUUGCGGAAAAAUCGAAGGCGCGUGAGAAGGAGGGAGACAAUAUAAGAGUCAUCGCGACCGAGUGCGUGUACAUCUCGACAGUCCUUGGAGGGCUCGUGGACGCUGCAUGA